CUGGUUUUGGUGACUUCCUCGUAGCGGUUCAUUGGUGUCUGUUACCCCACAGCUUGUGCUUCUCCCAGGUUCCUGCUCCUUUCAGCCAUGACCUGUAGAGUUCUUCUGCUGACAGCCUUGGCCUUAUGUCAUGGCUUCAGCCUGGACACUGAGAAUCCAAUCACCUUCCAAGAGAGCGCAAGGGGCUUCGGCCAGACCGUGAUCCAGCUCGACGGAUCCCGGGUGGUGGUUGGAGCCCCGCAGGAGGUCCGUGCUGCCAACCAGACGGGAGGCCUCUACCAGUGUGACUACAGCACGGGCCGGUGUGAGCCCGUCUCCCUGCAAGUGCCCCCAGAGGCUGUGAACAUGUCCCUGGGCCUGUCGCUGGCAGCUGCCACCAAGCCCACCCAGCUGCUGGCCUGCGGCCCCACCGUGCACCAGACCUGCAAGGAGAACACGUACGUCAAUGGCCUGUGCUUCUUGUUUGGCUCCAACCUGCGGCAGCAGCCUCAGCGCGUCCCAGAGUCACUCCGAGGGUGUCCUCAGCAGGAGAGUGACAUUGCCUUCUUGAUUGAUGGCUCCGGUAGCAUCCACGAUUUUGACUUUCAGAAGAUGAAGGAGUUUGUCUCAACUGUGAUGGAGCAAUUUGAAAAGUCUAAAACCUUGUUCUCUUUGAUGCAGUACUCAGACGAGUUCUGGACUCAUUUCACCUUCAAUGAUUUCAAGAAAAAAGCUAACCCCAGAGAUCUGGUAAACCCAAUAAGACAGCUGAGAGGGCUGACACACACUGCCACAGGCAUCCGCAAAGUAACAAGAGAACUAUUUCAGAGCAACAGCGGAGCCCGAGAGAAUGCAGUCAAGGUCCUAGUUGUCAUCACAGAUGGAGAGAAGUAUGGGGACCCUUUGAACUAUGAGGAUGUCAUCCCUGAGGCAAACAGAAGGGGCAUCAUUCGCUAUGUCAUUGGGGUGGGAGAUGCCUUCAGAAAUGACAAAAACCGCCAAGAACUGCAUACCAUUGCAUCAGCACCAUCUCAUGACCAUGUGUUCCAGGUGAACAACUUCGAUGCUCUGAAGACCAUUCAGAAUCAGCUUCAGGAAAAGAUCUUUGCCAUUGAGGGUACUCAGACCGGAAGUUCCAGCUCCUUUGAGCACGAGAUGUCUCAGGAAGGUUUCAGCGCAGCUAUUACCUCCAACGGCCCCUUGCUGGGUUCUGUGGGCAGCUUUGACUGGGCCGGGGGAGCUUUUCUGCAUACAUCAGGGGGAAGAGUCACCUUCAUCAACAAAACUAGGGUGAAUGCAGACAUGAAUGAUGCUUACUUGGGUUACGCUGCUGCGGUCAUCGUACGGAAGCAGGGACAAAACCUGGUUCUGGGGGCACCUCGGUACCAGCACACUGGCCUGGUGGUGAUGUUCAAACAGAAUGCUGGUGCCUGGGAGAGCAGCGCCGAGAUCCAGGGCAGCCAGAUUGGCUCCUACUUCGGGGCCUCCCUGUGCUCUGUGGAUGUGGACAGAGACGGCAGCACCGACCUGGUCCUCAUCGGGGCCCCCCAUUACUACGAGCCGACCCGAGGGGGCCGGGUGUCCGUGUGUCCCCUGCCCAAGGGGCAGAGGGCUCGGUGGCGGUGUGACGCUGUCCUGCAAGGCGAGCCGGGCCAUCCCUGGGGCCGCUUUGGGGCGGCGAUGACAGCGCUGGGGGAUGUGAACGGGGACCAGCUGGCGGACGUGGCCAUCGGGGCCCCUGGGGAGCAGGAGAACCGGGGCGCUGUCUACGUGUUUCACGGAGUGUCUGUAGUCAGCAUUCGCUCCUCACACAGCCAGCGGAUCACAGGCUCCCAGCUGUCCCCCACGCUCCAGUACUUUGGGCAGUCCCUAAGCGGGGGCCAGGACCUCACAAUGGAUGGAUUGAUGGACCUGGCUGUGGGCGCUGAGGGGCACUUAUUUCUGCUCAGAUCCCAGCCGUUGCUGAGAGUAGAAGCAACCAUGACUUUCAAACCCAGGGAAGUGCCGAGGAAUGUGUUUCAGUGUCAGGAGCAGGGAGUGAGAAGCAAGACUGCUGGAGUGGUCACAGUGUGUCUCCGUGUCCGCAAGACCACGCGGGAUCGUCUAAGAGAAGCAGAUGUCCAGGCUGCUGUCUCUUAUGUCCUCGCUCUGGACUCACAGAGCCACUCACAUCCCCGCACCAUCUUUGAUGAGACCAACAGUACGACGUACAGACAGAGGCAGACCCUGGGGCUGACGCAGAAAUGCAAGACCCUGACACUGCUGUUACCGAAAUGUGUAACUGCCUCAGUGACUCCCAUUGUCCUGCGCCUCAACUACACUCUGGUGGGGAUACCUGUGUCCUCUUUCGGGAACCUUCGGCCAGUUCUGGCUGAAGACGCCCCAAAGUUUUUCACAGCCUCGUUUCCCUUCGAGAAGAAUUGUGGCAAUGACAACAUUUGCCAGGAUGACCUCAGCGUCACUUUCAAUUUCACAAACCUGCAUACCCUGGUGGUGGGCGACUCCCGGGGCCUCAAUGUGACGGUGACCGUGAGAAAUGAGGGUGAGGACUCCUACAGCACUCAGGUCACCCUCUACCACCCAGCGGGCUUGUCCUAUCGGAUAUGGUCAAUGGUCCAGAACCAGCGCUCACGGCGAUCUUGGUCCGUGAACUGUUUGUCUGGCUCCUCCACCCAAGAACCUGGAGCGCUGAGGAGCACCAGCUGCAACAUAAACCACCCCAUCUUUCCCGACAACUCUGAGGUCACCUUUAUUGUCAUAUUUGAUGUAGAUUUUGGUGCUUCCCUGGGAAACAAACUACUCCUCAAGGCCACUGUGACCAGUGAGAACAACAUGCCCAGGACUAACAAAACUGAAUUCCAGCUGGAGCUGCCUGUGAAAUACGCCGUGUACUUGAUAGUCACCAGUGGCGAUGACUCUACCAAGUAUCUCAACUUCACAGCUUCAGAGACCAGUCGGAUCAUAGAGCACAAGUACCAGUUCAGCAACCUGGGCAAGAGGAACCUCCCCAUCAGCGUGGUCUUCUGGGUUCCUGUGGGUCUGAACGAGGAGGUCGUGUGGGAGCGCCCUCAGGUCACCUUCUCCCCUAAUCUCUCCAGCGCCUGCAACACUGAGGAAAGACCACCCCCUCACGCUGAUUUCCUGGCUAAGCUGAAGACGACAGGUGUGCUGAACUGCUCCGUUGCGGUCUGCCAGAGAAUUGAGUGUGAUAUCCCGUACUUCAGCGUCGAGGAGGAAUUCCGUGCCACCGUCCACGGCAACCUCUCAUCCAGUUGGUAUAUCAAGACGUCGAGUAACCACAUCUUGGUCGUGAGCACAGCGGAGAUCUUGUUUAACGACUCUAACUUUGCCUUGCUCCCGGGACGGGAAGUCUUUGUGAGGUCCCAGACGGAGACCAAGGUGGAGCUAAGUGAAGUUUACAACCCUCUUCCUCUCAUUGUGGGGAGCUCCAUUGGGGGACUGGUGCUCCUGGCCCUCAUCACCGCGGGGCUGUACAAGCUUGGCUUCUUCAAACGGCAGUACAAGGACAUGAUGAGCGAAGCUGGUCCCCAGGAGGCACCACCCCAGUAACGGCUCCUCCAACCGAGAACAAACGGCUUUGUCAGAGCAACAAGCAGGCCCCUGGGCUGCGGGACAGACAUGUCUUGUAGGAGACUGCGGCAGGAAAGGCCUGCUUGAGUUUCCCUAUGUGUGUGUAUGUGUGUGUGCGCACGCGCGCGUGCGUGUGUGUGUAUGUUUGUGUGUGUAUGUUUGUGUGUGUGUGUGUGGUUCCAUGUGUGACUAGUGUCUGUUGCAUAUGGGCCAAGUGCCUUAGCACGGUCUCUCGGACCCCUGUGUAUAGGGGAGAAGUUGCUGCUGGGCCUUCCUCCGGCAGGAGCGAUGGCAUCCUUCUGGGCGAGCAUAAAGGGAGAAGGAAGCAGCCCUCUGGUGGGUGGAGGAAGUGAGGAACCCUGUGGGCGAGUGUGCAGGUGUGAGGCAGCCUGCGUCACCGGGGUGAGGCGGACCCCGAGAAGCCGAGCCAGUGCAGCGCCAGCCCACACCAGAGGUGAUCGGCCGAUAAAGAUUCCAAGGCGGAAUCACAAAUCUCCCUUUUUCUCUACCUCUCUUACUUUUAUUUUGUUACUUUUAUUGUUGAAUUGAUAAACCUGUCCAUAGUGCAAAAAGCAAAAGACAUUCAGGAUGUGUGAUGGAAAGUCUCUCUUCCCAGCUCUUAAAGUCCGUCUCAUAGGGGCUUCAAGCUGUGUGUGUGUUUUUGGGUCACCUUCAGAAAGAUUCUAGGCACACACACACACACACACACACACAUACAUACAUACAUACAGGCUUUUUUUUUUACACAAAUGGUAGCAUACUUUAUACUGUUCUAAUCUUGCUUUUUUCAUUAAUACAGCACAGAAUGUUUCAUGUCAGGACACAAAUUACUUUUUCUCUUUUACACAGGUGUAUAGUACUUCAUUCCAUGAGUAUGUCGUUAUAUAUUUAGCCAGUCUUCUUUGGAUAUAUUGUUUUCAACGUCUCACUGUUACAAAAGAUGCCAAAAAAAAUAAAUUGGAUGUAUGUUGUUUUUG